UUGCCUGCCUCAUCACUUACUGUAUUAUUAGCAAUGUUGUUCAGGACAGUUUUCAGCAGGGUCUCCCUCUCACAUAUUCUUCAGACGAAGACUGUUAUUAAAGCAAAGCAGCAUCGUUGUAUGUCCUCUCUUCUCAAUCUUGAUAACACAAUAUAUGCACUGUCUUCUGGAUAUGGAAAAUGUGGAGUAUCUGUGAUUAGAAUUUCUGGUGAACGAACAUCAGAUGUUAUCAAAAAGAUGGCCAGUGGCUCCCGUUUUCCAAUACCCCGAAAAGCACAUCUUACUACGCUGGUUAACCCAGAUAGUGGCGAACAUCUUGAUAAAGCGUUAGUGUUAUGGUUUCCAGCGCCAUACAGUUUUACAGGCGAAGAUGUUUGUGAAUUUCAUGUCCAUGGCGGAAUUGCAGUCGUUGCAUCUGUUUUCCGUGCUCUUUCUUCUAUUGCAGGAUUGAGACCUGCCAUUGCUGGUGAAUACACAAAAAGAGCAUUUCUAAAUGGAAAGCUAGAUCUCACAGAAGUCGAAGGUCUGGGCGAUCUGAUUCACGCAGAAACAGAAGAACAAAGGAAGCAAGCAUUGAAUCAAAUGGAAGGGCGACUCAGCUCUGUGGUGAAGACAUGGAGUCAGGAUUUACUAAGAUGCCUUGCUCACUUAGAAGCGUUAAUUGAUUUUGGAGAAGAUCAACACAUUGAUGACGGUGUUCUUGAAAAUAUUUCAAAAAAGUUAACAACACUCUCACAGAAUAUCGAAAAUCAUUUGAAUGAUAAAAGACGUGGAGAGCGGUUGCGAUCUGGUGUUCGCCUGGCCAUAAUAGGCGAACCCAAUGUUGGAAAAAGCACAUUAUUGAAUUUGAUUACAUCAAGACCUGCGGCGAUUGUGUCGCCAGUUGCAGGAACAACACGAGAUGUUGUUGAAACAACGUUAGACAUUGAUGGAUUUCCAGUAAUUCUGAGUGACACUGCUGGUAUCCGAGAAACUGGUGAUUUAGUUGAAAUCGAAGGUGUAAAAAGAGCGAAAGCUAAGGCACUAGAGGCCGACCUUAUUUUGUAUAUUAUUGAUGUCCGUGGUCUUAAAAAAUUGUCUGCCGGUAUCCCGAAUCUUAGACAACUUAUUUCAUCACAGUUGUCCAAUGAAACAUCGUCAGUGGACGAUGAAAUAGAUAUAGUAUUCGUUUUAAACAAAUGUGAUCUCAUUGACAAGGAAGAAGUUUUGAAUUUUGAGAGAAGUCUGAAGAAUGUUGGGUGUUAUGAACUUAUUUCUUGCCACACUGGCGACGGUGUUGACAAAUUCCUGAGAAAAUUAUCGCAGAAAGUUAGAGAAUUAUGUUCUGGUGACGAUGUUUCAGCAUACAGUCCAAGUCUUACACAAGAAAGGCAUCGUGUUCAUGUAACGAAAUGUUUUCAAGAUAUCAACAGUGCGCGGUCUGUUGUUCACACUGAUAUCGUCAUUGGGGCGGAAUAUCUCAGACUUGCCAUGAAACAGUUGGGAAAACUUACUGGCGAAAUUGGAGCAGAAGAAAUAUUAGAAGUUAUUUUCAAAGAUUUUUGUAUUGGAAAAUAAAGUAUUCUGUGGUGGACACA